AUGGCGUCUCUCUCUACUACACCAUCCUGCACAACCACCAAUACCUUUCCCAGCUUCUCUUUCUGUUAUGUUUUUCCUAAAAAGCCGCAGAUUUCAAAAGCCAGAAAGCGAAACCAUUACCCUGUUCCUAGAGUGGCUUGCAAAGCCACAAAAGGUGACCAAAACCUUAGCUCUGGCUCCAAAGAUGGACAAGCUCCUCCUCAUCCUCGAGGGAAGUUCGAUAGGAGAGAUGUCCUCAUUGGCCUCGGAGGUCUCUACGGUACUGCCAGUCUUUACAAUGACCCGGUUGCCUUGGCAUCUCCGGUGUCCACAGACAUAACAAAAUGUGGCCUGGCAAACGUUGAGGAUCCACAUGACUGCCGUCCACAAUCCCCUCCUUCUAAAAUAGAUUGCUGCCCACCAAUACCAUUAUCCACAGAGAUCAAAGACUUUAAGCUACCUUCCACUGACCCCAUGCGUGUUAGGCGUGCCGCUCAUUUGGUUGACCAGGAUUACAUAGCCAAAUUUAACGAAGCCAUUAAGCGCAUGAAAGCCCUUCCACCCGAUGACCCUUGUAAUUUCGAACAACAAGCCAACGUUCACUGCGCCUAUUGUGACGGGGCAUACCACCAAUUUGGUUUCCCAGACCAUGAGCUCCAAAUUCACAGUAGUUGGCUCUUCUUUCCGUUUCAUCGCUACUUAUUGUACUUCUAUGAGAAGAUCUUGGGAAAGUUGAUCGGCGAUCCCACCUUUGCCUUGCCAUUCUGGAACUGGGAUCACCCUGAUGGCAUGCAAAUGCCAGCCAUGUUUCAAAAUGGACAACUCCGUGAUCGAUACCGCAACAGAAAUCACCUGCCACCGACACUGAUCGACUUUGACUACAGCAGCCGUGUCGAGGAGAUAGGAACAGCACCAACUCCAGACCCAAGAAAAAUAAUAUCGCGCAAUCUCAAAAUUAUGCACCGGCAAAUGGUGUCCGGAGCCAAGACGGCUGAGCUAUUCCACGGCUACCCUUACCGUGCCGGGGAUAACCCUGAGCCAGGUGCUGGCACAGUCGAGCACGUGCCUCACAAUAACACCCACUUAUGGUGCGGUGACCCGACUAGGCCUUAUUGGGAGGACAUGGGGAACUUCUACUCGGCCGGUAAAGAUCCAAUCUUUUACGCUCACCACAGCAAUGUGGACCGAAUGUGGGACAUAUGGAAGACGCUUGAAGGAGGGACGCGAAAGGAUUUCACAGACUCAGAUUGGUUAAACUCCAACUUUAUCUUCUACGAUGAAAAUCGUCAGCCUGUUCGUGUUUAUGUUAGGGACUGCCUUGACUCAAAUAAUCUGAGGUAUAAAUACCAACCUGUGGAAAUUCCAUGGAAAGAACCUCCAAAUAAGCCAACUCGUCGCAGAUCUAAUCCCGUGAGAGUAGCAAAUGCGAUACAAACACCUGCAAGCGUUCUGUUUCCAUUUGUUUUGGGCAAGGACCGCAACGUGAUAAGCACUGUGGUCGCAAGGCCAAGGCCCAUCAGAUCGGGGAGUGAAGGUGAAAAGGAAGAGGUGUUGGUGAUUGAAGGCAUUGAGUUUGAGAAAGAUGCGGCAGUGAAGUUUGACGUUUAUAUUAAUGAUGACGAAUACUCUCUUUCCGGGCCAGAGAACACGGAGUUUGCAGGAAGCUUUGUGCACGUGCCGCAUUUGCAUGCGCAUGAGAAGAAGAAGACAAGCCUGAAGUUUGGGAUCACUGACUUGUUGAGGGAAUUGGAAGCUGGUGACAAGGUGCUUGUUACUUUGGUGCCUCGGGAAGGGAAAGGGCUGGUCACCAUUGGUGGAAUCAAGAUUGAGCUUCUUUCUUGA